GAAGCAGUCAAAGCAUCAACCAUAGUAAAUGCUGUCCACAUAAGCGGACACACGCUUUAAUGUGCUUUGAUCUCAGACUAGGGGGAAGAUGAGACCUGACUGAGAACCCCCGACGACAGACCCAGUCAGCUACUACCAUUUCGAGUGUGGUCAACGCAUGGGUGCUUGGGCCGCCCUUGCAAGGCUAUCCCAUGCUCGCAAGGAAGGCUAUCCUCGUCCUUGACGGGCAUUUGCAUUUGCGGUGAUGGAGUCCUUCAUGGAGUUCCGGGACAAUCAAGUCCCCGUGAAUUCCGGCGAUGGUACCCAUGAUAAUGAUGGAAAUCGUGCCGUCAACGGUCACGAGUCAACCGACUCGCAAAACGCCACAAGGGAGCAAAACUCGAACCACGAGUCCAGUGUCCAGAUCUUCGAACCGCUAGAAGUCAAUGGUACUGACACUGACACCGACAAUAAUGAGAAGGAAGUGCCUCAGAUGUAUCCCAUGUUCUCGAACAAUCCUCCCGAAUCUCCGAACCUGGGUCCUGGGCAUCGAGAUUCUGAAGACGACGAAGAGGAAUUUGACCUUUCCAAAUCGUUCAAUCGAACUAGCAGCCCGUCGCCCACGGCAUUUCAGCGCAAUAAAGGUGCUCUGGUCAGCAAGGUGGGCGAUGAGGGAGUCGUCAAGAUGCACAGGUUUACUCUGCACGAAACGGCAAACUACUACUACAUUGUUGGCUCUGACCUGCUGGACUCUGCCUACCGGAUACUGAAGAUUGACCGGACCGCCGAACCAGGCGAGCUGAACAUCAUCGAAGACGACAUUGUCUACACCAAGAAGGAGACGCAGCAGAUCCUCAACGCCGUGGACGAGGGAAACCGUGCAACAGGAGGCCUCAAAUUGAAGACCAGCUUCUGGGGCUUACUGGGCUUCAUCCGCUUCACCGCCCAUUAUUACAUGCUCUAUGUGACGAAAAGAAGUCAAGUUGCCAUGAUAGGCGGCCACUACAUCUACCAAAUCGACAAAACGGAGCUCAUGCCCUUGGUCAUGGCCGGAUCAAGCAGGGCCAAAAUGGACCGGCACCCAGAAGAAUCUCGAUUUCUCGGCAUCCUGAACAAUCUCGACCUGACCAGGUCCUUUUACUUCAGCUACUCGUAUGAUGUGACGAGGACGUUGCAGCACAACAUCAUGCGCGAGCGCCAAGCUCUACAGGAUGGACUCGCUGAACCUCGCAAAUACGAUCACAAUGAUAUGUUCGUCUGGAACCAUUAUCUUCUCCAACCCACAAAGGCAGUGCUUCGAGACCCUUUUGACUGGUGUAUAUCCAUUAUCCAUGGCUAUGUCGACCAAAGCGCGCUGUCGGUGUACUGGGGAAGAGUGGUCUACGUAACAAUCAUUGCCCGCCGGUCGAGGUUCUUUGCUGGGGCGCGAUUUUUAAAACGUGGCGCCAAUGAUCUAGGAUACGUCGCCAAUGAUGUCGAGACGGAACAGAUCGUCUCGGAAAUGCUGACCACCUCGUUCCACGCUCCCGGUCCGGUUCUCUUUGCCAACAACAGAUAUACUUCUUAUGUGCAACACCGAGGCAGCAUCCCUCUGCACUGGACACAGGACAAUACUGGCGUGUCACCAAAGCCUGACAUCCAUCUGAAUGUGGUGGAUCCGUUCUACAGUGCGGCAGCUUUACACUUUGACAACCUUUUCAAACGCUACGGCACCCCAAUAUAUGUCCUUAACCUGGUCAAAUCUCGGGAACGAACACCGCGGGAAUCCAAGCUGCUCAAAGAAUACACCUUGGCAGUCAGUUAUCUCAAUCAGUUCCUGCCACCGGACAAACAGAUCUUAUACCAUGCUUGGGACAUGAGCCGAGCUUCCAAAAGCCGUGAUCAGGACGUCAUUGGGAGUCUUGAGGCAAUUGCCGAAGACAUUCUACCCAAAACCGGAUUCUUCCAGAACGGCAAUGACGAAGAGUCGGGACUGAAACUGCAAAACGGCGUGGCGAGGACAAACUGCAUCGAUUGUCUUGAUCGGACCAACGCAGCGCAAUUUGUCAUUGCGAAAAAGGCAUUGGGAUACCAAUUGCAAGCUUUAGGGGUCAUUGAGCAUCCCUCGGUCGAGUACGAUUCAGACGCGGUCAAUCUGUUCACGCACAUGUGGCACGACCACGGUGAUACGAUUGCCAUCCAGUACGGUGGCUCGCAUCUGGUCAACACCAUGGCGACAUACCGCAAAAUAAACCAGUGGACCAGCCACUCGCGGGACAUGGUGGAAAGCUUCAAGAGAUACUACACCAAUUCAUUCAUGGAUGCGCAACGACAGGAGGCAUACAAUUUGUUCUUGGGCAACUAUGUCUUCUCCCAAGGACAGCCCAUGUUGUGGGACUUGACGACCGAUUACUACCUGCACCACUCGGAUCCUCGAUCCAUGUUUGGGAGACGCAGGCCCAGCUAUCGCCAAUGGUACACGUCCCAAUACCUGGAACCGCCUUCAAUUCCGCCAUCCAUCUGGCCACGGGAACUGCGCGAUCGGCCCCUGGGGUAUUUCGACGACUACUGGGUCGAGUACUAUCGGCCGCUGGCGGUUUCGUCGUUCAAGAAGUUGUUCUCUUUCAAGAUGCACUCCAACCUGCGAUACAUCCCGCUCAACUCGGCGGCGGCCGGCAAAUACGACCUGUCUCCGUUCAAAGUACGUACAGCGACCGAAGGCGACGGCGAGAGCAAUGAGAAGGACCAUCAACAUCACCACCAUAGUAUGCGCAAGGGUGUCAAGGUCGUGGCGCCGUGCGACUACGAUGAUACCUGCGGUGCUGGUGCUGGAGGAGAUACAGCGUCAGUCGUGACCUCUGCGCCGUCUGAUCCUAUGCCAACGCCAAAACCAAACACGCUCGGUCCAUGGCUCGACGCCCAGCAACGGCUCCAAAACACGUUACGUCGACGUCAAUACACGGGGAUCAUCAAGGAGCCGUCCUUUGAAGUGCAAUCACCUGGAGUCCCCAAAAUCCCAAAGCUCCCGACCGCUUCGACAGGUGACCUGACCAAUAGUUCAGUUCUGGCCGGCCCGCCGACCAAAGAAGAACUCGCCCUCCAAGCCUUCACAUCGCUUAUCUCCAGGUCGCUCGAGCCGCAGGUCCGCCAAGAGGAUGAGUAUCAGCGCUACGUCGCACAUCCGUCCAACAUCCCGCUCGUGGUCUCGUCGGAUAUUGACUAUUCGGCGGCCCCGCUGGAGUUUCUCGAGUAUCUCAGCACUACCACUAGUGAUCCUACCGAACAUAAAGUGUUGCGCCAUUAUGAUGACGAGCGUGGCGCUGUCAGCUUGACGCUGGAUGAGCGCGCAGAAGCAAAUCUCGACGAGUACGCCGAGUAUAUUGCCAGCGGGACCGUCGAAGAGCCUCUUACUGUAUCCGAGGAAGACGGCGGGAAGAAGAGAUACAAGGCCUACAGGAAAUGGUUGAAGGGGAAGAGUUUGUUCAAACAGCGUCCGGAUGUAGGGGAGGACGUGGAUGUUGUUUAAGAGAGAAUACGUUUGGUGGACUUUCAGACGAGAUAUGAUGAUUAUUCCUAGGAUCAGUAGAAUUCUAGUGUAACCAACCACCAUAUAGAUACUAAGGAUAUAUGGUAAUACACCCUUUUCGUGAUCUAUGUUUAAUAGGAAUAAAGGAAUCAAUAACGGCUCCAAACCGGU